UCUUCCACACCCUGCCGUUGGGGGUUGUCCGAUUGGCACUGCAAGUGUCUGGCAGUGUGGACUGGGGCCUUGUCAUUGAGGCAGAGUUGCUUCUGGGCCCCGAGGCAGCUGCCCCAUGCUUUGCUGAGCAGGUACCAUGCUUCCACGCUUCCUGCUGUUGCUGAGCCUCUUGGGCCCUAGUGACAGCCUCCAGUCAUGGGACAUCCAGGAGCAGGGAACCAAGGCAGCCUCGGGCCCUGUGCCUCUCCGGGCACGGAGACAAGCAGCUGGCGAUGAGGACUGGGGGGAGUAUGAUUACUCCAUGGAAGGCACAGAUCCCCCAGAAAUGCUGAUCAAUGUCACCAGUGUGGUGGCUGCAAACCCUGAGUCUCUGACCGUGAUGGCCAUGCUGGAGCAGAGAGUUUCUGUGGGGGCUGGAACCCCUGAGUCAACCACUGCCGAGGUUACCGCCACCGGCCCUGCUGGUCCAGAUGCAGGAGGACUGGCUGUUGAAAGAAGCACAGAAUCAGCCACACAGUGGAGGCCAACCACAGUGGAGAUGACCAUCCAACUAGCAGCCACGGAGGCAGAGCCCUCACAGCCAGCACCCACAGAGGCAGAGCCCUCACGGCCAGCACCCACGAUGGAGACAGAGCCCUCAUGGCCAGCACCCACGAUGGAGGCAGAGACCUCACGGCCAGCACCCACGGAGGCAAAGCCCUCACGGCCAGCACCCACGGAGGCAGAGCCCUCACGGCCAGUACCCACGGAGGCAGAGCCCUCACGGCCAGUACCCAUGGAGGCAGAGACCUCACGGCCAGUACCCACGGAGGCAGAGACCUCACGGCCAGCACCCACGGAGGCAAAGCCCUCACAGCCAGCACCCACGGAGGCAGAGCCCUCACGGCCAGCACCCACGAUGGAGGCAGAGACCUCACAGCUUCCCAGGAGUCAGGAUGUAAAAAGUCUGUUCACAGAGGCCACAGCCACAGGAGCACCUUCUACAGAACCCACUGCCACAGAAACCAUGUCCACUGACUCUACCAUCUUCCUUGGGUCAUCUGUGACUCAUAAGGACAAUGAUGUGGCAACUGGCCACUUGAAGAAUGGGCUGUUUGUGACUCCUAGGAGCUCUCUGGCCACAACGACCCCAGGGUUCUCGGACCUCAUCCCCGUGAAGCAAUGCCUGCUGGUCAUCCUCAUCUUAGCCUCUCUGGCCACCAUCUUCCUGGUGUGCACGGUGGUGUUGGCAGUCCGCCUUUCCCGUAAGAACCACAUGUACCCGGUGCGGAACUACUCCCCGACCGAGAUGAUCUGCAUCUCAUCCUUACUGCCUGAGGGGGGUGAAGGGGCUCCCGUCACAGCCAAUGGGGACUUGCCCAAGGUCCAGGACCUGAAGACAGAGCCCAGUGAGGACCGAGAUGGGGAUGACCUAACCCUGCGCAGCUUCCUCCCUUAGCCUCCCUGGUACCUGAGCCAGGCCCUUGCUGUAGCUCCACCCACUGUUCGCCAAGGCCACAGAGCUGGGCUUCCUGGGUGAACUUUAUCCAUAGGGAUCUUUAGGGAAGGGGCCUGGACCCACCCCAAUCAGAGCCCAGAGCCUCCAAAGCCCUGCAUCUUCUGCUUCAUUCAUGGAGUCUAGUGGCCUCCAAGCCAAGGACCAUGGAAGCAGUUGCUGCUCCUGGACGCCUCUCUCCGACCUGUCUGCUGUUUUUUUCUGUCGCCCCAGCCACAAUGCCUCCCAGUGCUGUGCAGCUUGCUGCGGGUCACUGGCUGCACGUCCCCAAGAAAGAACGAAUUCCCUUACCCCACUCCCAAACCUUCCUCUCAGUUGCCAUGGUUGCCUGAUAAGAAAGGGUCUCUGGGGAAGGCUGCUCUCUGGCCAUGUCUGUUUCUCUACCCACAGUGAGGGGCAGCUCUCGGCUUUCCCAGGCACCUGUCUGAGGAUCCCAGGACCAGGCUUGGAAAGAUAGUCCUUCAUUUGGGUCUUGUGAACCCCUGAGCUUCAGUCUGGUGACAGUGACCUCACACUGUGGCACAGCACCGGCACUCAAUAAAUGUGUUUAACAAA